AAUUCAAUUGGUACAUUUCCAUCUCCCACUUGGUUACGAACGCAGCAUUAGCCGUUCUUACUCUUCAGAGUGUCGCUCGUUUUUUUCGCCACUGUAAAGGGAGAAUGAGAACCAACAUCCGAGGUCUGGGUGAAAGGAAUUAACCCAGGGCACUGCAUUCAGACCAUAGAUUCAGCCAUAUUAUCCUCACUGCUGCUACGGAGAAAUAGGCAAACUUCGAACUCUCCAUGCACGCGGAGAACACAGAACAGGACCGUCUAACGGGCUUUUGAGGCAUUUUCGGUCUCCGUUUUUUUCUUUCCUUGCGUGUAGUCUAUGUGGAGCGAACAGUUAUACGAUAAUCUUGCUUGCACUGCCUGCGGCGAGAAGAGAAGUUUGGUUGUUUGCCUAGUCGGAAGGAGGACACACGGGUGGCUCUGGGGGGGGAAAGUAGUGGAAGAUGGUUUGGAACGCCGCUUUGAGAAUAGUAUUGAUGUGCAUCCUGGCGCUCUUGCUCGGUUUUACGUCUGUCCCGUGCAAAGCUCGGAUUUACACCAACCAUUGGGCUGUACGGAUAAACGGGGGACACGACAUCGCUGAUCGGAUAGCGGGCAAAUAUGGCUAUAAGAAUAUGGGACAGAUUGGCGACCUGAAGGACCACUAUCACUUCUUUCACAGCAGGACCAUCAAAAGGUCGACGCUGUCCAGUCGCGGUGGCCACAGCUUCAUCUCGAUGGAGCCCAAGGUGGAGUGGAUUCAGCAGCAGGUGGUGAAGAGGCGGAUCAAGAGGGAUUACAAGGCGGCCCCUCGCCCUCUCUCCAGCCCCGCCCAGACUAGCCCCGCCCAGUCCAUCUUCUUCAACGACGCCAAGUGGAACAGUAUGUGGUACAUCCACUGUAACGAUGACAUCCAUAACUGCCAGUCAGACAUGAACAUAGUGGGGGCGUGGAAGAGGGGCUACACCGGGAAAGACGUGGUGGUCACCAUCCUGGAUGACGGCAUAGAGAGGAACCACCCCGACCUCAUUCAGAACUACGACAAUCAGGCCAGUUAUGAUGUCAACGGGAAUGACAUGGACCCCAUGCCCCGUUACGAUGCCAGCAACGAGAACAAGCAUGGAACACGCUGUGCUGGAGAAGUUGCUGCAUCUGCUAACAACUCCCAUUGCACCGUGGGAAUUGCCUACAACGCACGGAUAGGGGGGGUGCGGAUGCUGGACGGUGAUGUGACAGACAUGGUGGAGGCCAAGUCUCUGAGUCUGCAGCCGCAGCACAUUGACAUCUACAGCGCCAGUUGGGGUCCUGAUGACGACGGCAAGACCGUGGACGGCCCCGCCUCGCUGGCAAGGCAGGCCUUCGAGAACGGCAUCCGCAUGGGAAGGAAGGGGCGUGGCUCCAUCUUUGUGUGGGCGUCAGGGAACGGCGGGCGGAGCCGGGACCACUGCUCCUGUGACGGCUACACCAACAGCAUCUACACUAUCUCCAUCUCCAGCACCGCCGAGAGCGGACGCAAGCCCUGGUACCUGGAGGAGUGCUCCUCCACCCUAACCACCACCUACAGUAGCGGAGAGAACUACGACCGCAAGAUAAUCACCACAGAUCUGCGGCAGCGCUGCACAGACAGCCACACAGGGACCUCUGCGUCUGCUCCUAUGGCAGCUGGGAUCAUCGCACUGGCCCUGGAGGCUAAUCCUCUGUUGUCGUGGAGGGAUGUUCAGCACAUCAUUGUCAAGACGUCUCGAGCUGGCCACCUCAACGCCCCUGACUGGAAGACCAACGCUGCUGGAUACAACGUCAGCCACCUGUAUGGCUUUGGCCUGAUGGACGCAGAGGCUAUGGUGAAGGAGGCGGAGCGAUGGAAGCAGGUCCCCGCCCAGCACAUCUGUGUGGAGAGUGCCGACCGCCAGAUCAGGACGAUCCGCCCAGAGCACCUAGUGCGCUCCGUGUACAAGGCCACCGGCUGCAUCGACAACUUCAACCACCAUGUCAUCUACCUGGAGCAUGUGGUUGUACGCAUCACCAUCACGCACCCACGCCGUGGCGACCUGUCUAUCAACCUCACGUCGCCCUCGGGAACCAAGUCCCAGCUGCUCGCCAACAGGUUGUUUGACCACUCCAUGGAGGGUUUUAAGAACUGGGAGUUUAUGACCACUCACUGCUGGGGGGAGAAGGCGUCUGGGGACUGGAUCCUGGAGAUCCAUGACUCCCCCUCGCAGCUCCGCAGCCAGAAAGUCCCAGGCAAGCUGAAGGAGUGGUCUCUGGUGCUUUAUGGCACCUCUGUGCACCCGUACUCCUCCAUGCGCAGCGACAAGCCCCGCUCGGCCGAGCCCCCUGCAGACGAAGAGUUCACUGAGGAGUACAACGGGCUCUGUGACAGUGAGUGCAACGAGAACGGCUGUGAAGGUCCCGGACCUCACCAGUGCAUCAACUGCCUCCAUUACUUCCUCAAGUUCAAGAACAACACCAGGACGUGCGUGUCGGAGUGCCCCUCCGGGUUUUUCCGCGACGACAGGAAGCGCUGUAAGAAGUGUUCGUCUUUGUGUGAGACAUGUGUUGGUAGUCGUAGCGACCAGUGCUCCACCUGCAGGCCGGGCUUCCACCUUAACGAGGGUUCCAACACCUGCGUGGCCAGCUGUGUGGACGGCUUCUAUCUGGACCACGAUUCCAACAUGUGCAGGAGAUGCAACGAAAUCUGCAAGAAGUGCAUCACGUCUAAUAUCUGCACAGAAUGCAAACCAGGGAUGAGUCUUCAGGGGAAUAGAUGUCAGAUGACCUGUGACCCUGGGACCUACUAUAAUGGCCACAGGAGGACCUGCGUGCCGUGCCACCAAGUGUGUGCCACCUGUGCAGGCACGGGGAUGGAGGCGUGUAUCAAGUGUGCAGAGAGCUACUUAAUGGAGGAGUGGCGUUGUGUGUCCACCUGCAGCGUGGGAUACUACAUGGCAGAGCAGACCUUGGACAAUGGCGACGUCAACAAGUCCUGCAGGAAGUGUGACCACAGCUGCUACUCCUGCACAGGGCCCGGCGAGACGAACUGCAGCACCUGUGUGAACGGCUAUAACCUAGAGGCAGGUGUGUGUGUGGUCAGCACCAUCUGCAAAGAUGCAAAUGAAGAGUCUUGGGCGGAAGGCAGUUUCUGCGUGCUCGUAAAAAAGAACAAUCUGUGCCAGAGGAAAGUGCUGCAGCAACUGUGCUGUAGAACAUGCUCGCUAAAAGGGUGACUGGACAUCCCGCGAAGGGGAUGUGGGGGGGGGGGGGCGGCACCCCUCUGCCCCAGCCUUGCUCACUCAGUUACAUAAUUUAUAAGAAAAUAUGUGCCUCUUAAGGGACUACGUCGGAGGUGUGAUGACAGAACUACAACAAACCUACCUUUUUCCUGUUCUGGGACAUGUGGUCAGGGCGACAGUAGCAACUGGGCCUUACUAAAAAAAAAAUGAAAACAAAUAAUGUGUCGGUAUUUUGUGACCAAAGCAUCGAUGCCAAAAUAAUUGUACCCUUUUCCAGUGUAGGUUGCAGGAGGAACCUUGUGAAUCUGUUUCCCUUCGUGUUCCCCUCCCUCGUCAAGAUUAACGAUGCACAGGUGAAAGCUGAUGAACGUACCAACUUUCGGCUGUGUGUUUGUAAAUAAACUUAAAAGCUCACUCAAUAAUGUGAAAACUGUCUGGGUUAAGUUUGCUAUCUGCCAAGUGAGGAUAGAUGCGCACAUGAACGCACGCGCACGCACACAGCAGGAUUGUGCAAACACUUGAAUUGAUAGUUGCGAAAGUCAUGUCCCCAUUCUACAUGCAGCCAUUGUGUGCCACAGGAAAUAGAGGUUGCUAAACUGUCAUCUAUGUUUCAGGUAGUGUGUGCGUGCAAGAUAUAUUUUUUUUACAGGUACCUUUGACUCACUUCGGUUCAGACAAAUCAUUCCACACUACAUUACAUCAAAUCGGGGUCAUGUUUAUUAGGCACAAAACGUAAGAAAACUGACUUAAACAGGUAGGGACUACCUGAUCUCGUCCAAUAGGAAACACUUGUUUUUUUUUGGUACACUUUGUUUUCAUUGCGUGCCCUAAUGAACAAGACCCAUAUCUUACUGCUACAUGAGACUAUGGGGCCAUUGCACUUUCACAAACAGCAGCACUAUCAGGGCUUUAUUCCACAACAUUGCACGGUUAUGUCAUUGCAUUCAAGCAGAGUUGGUACUGUAUUGACCUUGAUCAUGUAACAAUUUUGAUAUGAUAGAUGUUUUCGGUGGACUUCAUUUAAAUGUUAUUGUAUCCUUGCGAGCUGCCACACAUUCAAGACAUGUCCAUGACACUUUAGCAAACGGCAUGCGUUUCAUCAAGGUCAUGCUCAUUAGGCACCAAACGGAAGAGAACAGAUUGCAUGACGUAUUGAAAUGUUUUCUGUUGCGUGCUCUGAUGAACACGACUCAGGUUGUAAGCGCCCUCUGAGAGUCCAUGACAAUGGUUGGUGCUGCAAAAUGUAACCACGGUCUGUCUCUGUCACAAACAGGCUAUGGGACUCAACUUUGUAGUGGUUGAGAAAGACCUGUUGAUACAUCCUGUUCUAGAAUGAAUACUGAGGUGGAUACAGCACUGUAUUCCAAUAAAGAUUCUUAAUUAUGGGUUUGUACCUUUUUUGAACAAUUACUGUAGUUGUAUUGAUGAUUUAUCUUUUGAUUUGAAAUAAAAAUUGAUUGAUCCCUUUGGAUGAACAAAAA